AUUAACAUAAAAACAGAGCUUCAUAUCUGUCAUUCUAAUCCUCUGCGCCUGCUCCUCUACGCGUGAGGCAAAAACUAGGGUUUUUUUUCUAUUCUUCCAUCAGAUCUAACGAUAUGGCGAUGGAUGAUGCAAGAUCUGGAAUCGAAGACGUUACGUACGCAGAUAGGAUCAGUGAAUUACCUAACGAUUUGCUUUUCCGAAUACUCUCACUAAUCCCGGUAAGCAAUGCGAUGUCCACAAGUCAAUUGUCUAAACGAUGGAAACCUGUAUGGAAGAUGUUGUCAACUCUUGUGUAUGAUGAAAACUCUUGUCCCAACGUUGGUUCCGUUGGAGGUUUUGUCCAAUUCUGUGGCAGGUCCUUGCAAUUACAUGAUGCUCCACUUCUCAAAACCCUAAAUCUCAAACUUAGGAAACACUCUGAUUCCUUAGAUUCUCUGUUUUCAACCCCAAAUAAUAUUCAGUAUUCCACUCUCGUUGAGAUGUCAAUCACUUCUACUACUUAUCCUUGUUAUUACAGUACUAUCAGUUUCCCAAACCUCAAUGUAUUCCAAACACUAGCUGUCUUGAAACUACAAGGCCAUAUUCUUGUUGAUGUUGUUGAGUCUCCCGUUUGCUUCCAAUCCCUGAAAAGUUUGUACCUCAAGUGUGUUAAGUUCGAGUCGGAAGACUCUUUCUCCACUCUUUUAUCGGCUUGUCCUGUUCUUGAAGAUCUCUUCAUCCAAAGAACCUGCAGUGUAGGCAGUUUUGUGUUCACCAUAUCAGUUCCUUCUCUACAGAGAUUAUCUUUCACUAAAGAACAAAGCUAUUAUGCUGACGACAAGGCCAUCGUCGAGAUUACUGCUCCUUCGUUGAAGUACUUGAAGAUCUUCGAUCGCGUAGGUUGUUACAGUUUUGUUGUGGAUAUGUCUAAGUUGGUGGAGGCAGAUGUUAAAGUUAAUCUGUCAAAGAAUGAGAAGCUUCCUAAAGUUCUUACUUCGGUUGAACAUCUUUCCCUAGAUUUAUAUCCUUCAAUGGUUUUUCAUCUUACAGAUAGAUUCAUCUCCAAGCAGCUUCUUCAUCUGGAAUUAGACAUUUACGACAACUUUAGGUCGAAUCUACUUAUGAGUUUGCUGAAAGAUUUACCGUCUUUACGAGCACUAAAGCUCAACCACCAACAUCCCAACUAUACUGUCGAUGAUCAACCGUGUUCAGUCUCUAAACCGAGCUCGGUUCCUAAAUGCUUGAGCUUCCAUCUCGAGACUUUUGAGUGGAUAGGCUACGCAGGAACAUAUGAAGAGAUAGAAGCUGCGGUUUACGUUUUGAAAAACGCUCGUUGUUUGAAGAAUGCUACAAUAUCUCUGUAUUCAAGAGGCAUGGAGAAUGAUCAGUUGAUGAUUAAGGAGUUGGAAUCUAUGUCUAAGGCUUCAACCAUGUGUCAGCUUUUAGUUAAAUUUUAGAUUUUGCUCAUAGAUUUGGGUCAUUGCUUGGAUUUGAACUUUUAGAAAGAGAUAAUUUUAUUAUUCGAAUCUGAAUUUGCAUAAGAAUUAUUAAACUUUUCCCCCUUUUUAUUAGCGUUUUGAUUGUAUGAAAACUAUGGAACAAAGGGAGUUUCUUUUCUUGUAAACAGAGAAGC